GUGCGUGCUUGCGUCACUUCCGGCUGUGGGCGGUGCUUCAGCAGCACGUGGGUGACGCGCCGCAAACAUGGCGGAUCAGAGAGAAGCGUCUGUAGAUGAAGAGGAGAAAAACACAAAUACAGCCGAAGAGGAGAAUAACACACAGACAACAGAAGAGAAGAAAAACACACAGACGACAGAAGAUUUACAUGGUGCAAACAUGGCGGAUCAGAGAGAAGCGUCUGUAGAUGAAGAGGAGAAAAACACAAAUACAGCCGAAGAGGAGAAUAACACACAGACAACAGAAGAGAAGAAAAACACACAGGCGACAGAAGACGACAGCAACACGACAGACAAGGAGACACAAGACGACAGAAACACUGAAGAGACACACAAGAGCUUCAGAGAUCUGGGCGUCACUGAAGUUCUCUGUGAAGCCUGUGAUCUGCUGGGAUGGAAGAAACCGACCAAGAUCCAGAUAGAAGCCAUUCCUGUGGCUCUCGAGGGGCGUGACGUGAUCGGUCUGGCGGAGACGGGUUCGGGGAAGACGGGAGCGUUUGCUCUUCCUAUCCUGCAGUGUCUGCUGGCGUCUGCGCAGCGGCUGCACUCUCUCAUCCUGACUCCCACGAGAGAGCUGGCCUUCCAGAUCGCAGAGCAUUUCGACGCGCUGGGCUCCAGCAUCGGUGUCAAGACCGGNNNUGAUUUGAAUCAGAUUCAGAUUGUGAUUCGUUCUCUGUGACUCUCAGCGACUCCGGGACGUUUGAUCGAUCACCUGGAAAACACCAAAGGAUUCAACCUGCGAGCGCUCAAGUAUCUGGUGAUGGACGAAGCUGACCGCAUUCUCAACAUGGACUUUGAGUCUGAGGUGGAUAAGAUCCUGAAGGUGAUUCCUCGCGACAGACGCACCUUUCUGUUUUCGGCCACCAUGACUAAAAAGGUGCAGAAGCUGCAGCGCGCGGCUCUACAGGAUCCUGUUAAAUGCACCGUUUCCUCCAAAUACGCCACCGUCGACAAGCUGCAACAGUAUUACAUCUUCAUCCCGUCCAAGUACAAGGACUGUUAUCUGGUCUCUAUCCUGAAUGAACUGGCUGGGAACUCUUUCAUGGUUUUCUGCGGCACGUGUAAUAACGCCCAGCGGGUGGCGCUCUUGCUCAGAAACCUGGGCAUCACGGCCAUCCCUCUCCACGGACAGAUGAGUCAGGUACACACUCAGACCAUCUCUGUUUUCUCUCAGGACUACAUCCAUCGUGUGGGCCGCACCGCCAGAGCAGGGAGAUCUGGGAAAUCCAUCACCUUCGUCACACAGUAUGACGUGGAGCUGUUCCAGCGAAUCGAAGCGCUGAUCGGGAAGAAACUGCCCGCCUUCCCCACACAGGAAGAGGAAGUGAUGAUGCUGCUGGAGCGAGUGAGCGAAGCGCAGAGAUUCGCUCGGAUCGAGAUGAAGGAAAGCUCAGAGAAGAGGAAGCGGCCCAAAGCAGACGAGGAAGAGGCUGACGACAGAGAACAGUCGAGCGGUGUGAGGAAGAAGAUCAAGGGCGGCUCCUUCAGAGGAAGAGCGAAGCGAGGACGCUGAGACUCUGCUGGAGUUUGCUUUAGUACAUCCAAUAAAUAUUGCAUUUUCCACA